UUCGCAUUCGCUAAUUCCUCAAAAAAAAGGAAGGAAAAAAAAACACAAACCCCAGAGGCAGCCAGAUCCAGCGAGAACCUAACCCAAACCAGAGCUCCGGCGGUGGCCAUGGAUCCCCUCGCCGUGCUCCGGGACUACGCCGCCCGCGGCGACCUGGACAAGAUCAUCUUCAACGGCGACGACGUCCUCUUCGGCGACGACUACACCUUCCCGGCCAACGCCCCCACCGCCUUCACCUCCAAGCAGUCCGGCCGCCCCUACCCGCUCUCCGCCGCCGUCUUCCUCGCCCAGCACAACGACCUCAAGCACACUGACUUCCUCCAGGCCGCCCGCCUCCGCCGGAUCCCGCCCGUCUCCCUCCCCGACCGCAAGACCUUCCUCGACUUCCUCCACUUCGGGGACAGCUCCCUCCCUUCCGCCGAGCCCCUCCUCCCCUCCUCCUUCGCGCAGGACGCCCCGCCCCCGCCCCCGCCGCCGGAGGACGAGGAGGGGGAGGGCCCCGACGCCGACGACGCCUCCACCGCCCACGUCCGCGCCGUCGAGCGGCCCCUCAAGGACCGCAACGCCCUCCUCGACGCCCGCGGCCGCGACUUCCUCGCCAUCUACCACGCCGCGCUGCGCCGCGAGGAGGACCGCCUGCGCAACAAGGACGCCGCGCCCUCCGCCGCCGGCCGUGGGCACGAGCCCUCCUCAACCGCCGCGGUGUCCCUCUCCAACCCCAAGCUCGACAAGCACGGGCUCGGCGACGGCUUCGUGCCCAUCAUACUGGUGCCCAGCGCGUCGCAGACGCUCAUCACCAUCUACAACGUCAGGGACUUCCUCGAGGACUUCGUCUUCGUGCCCAGCGACGACAAGAUGCGGGCCAUGAAGGGGAGCCCCAAGCCCGAGUGCGUCACCCUGCACAAGAAGCACGUCCGCGGGGCUGCCGGUCCGGUGGCGUUCGAGGUCAGGGACAAGCCGGCAUCGCUCAAGGCCGACGACUGGGCGCGGGUCGUCGCCGUGUUUGUGCUCGGAAAAGAGUGGCAGUUCAAGGACUGGCCCUUCAAGGGCCAUGUCGACAUCUUCAACAAAGUUAUUGGGUUCUUUGUACGCUUUGAAGAUGAUAGUGUGGAUUCAGCAAAAGUGGUCAAACAGUGGAAUGUCAAAAUCAUAUCUAUAAGCAAGAAUAAAAGGCAUCAAGACAGACCGGCUGCUCUCGAGGUGUGGGAUCGGCUGGACGAAUUUGUGCGGGCACGCUCAUAGGUGAAACCUCUCGCUGUUAUGACUCAAAUACUCAAAUACCAUGUUGGGUGAUGGAAGUGGACUUAUGCUGGCUGAGUUGUCGACAAGCAGAACAAGCACCCCUAUAUCCCAGCCUUCGUAUUUCAGGUGCCGGUCGAUGGCGGAAUGAGAUGCCAGGAACCUACCUUCCUUCUGCAUUCAUGAUGAUUUGCAUCUUAUGUGCAUUUCGGUUGCUAAGCUAUGAUGUAGUCUAUCCAAUCUGACAUAUUAACUGUAGACUGGUGACAUGGUGCUAGGCUACUUCAUCCGCAGCAUUGUCGGAGAUGGUGUCAUCAUCUUUUCA